CUUCUCGACGCCGAUGCACGCACGGGGAACUAACGAAACGAAACUAAAACAUCCAAAAACUUUGUGCUGUGGAAUAAAUUUUUCAGUUCGGAAAUUGGAAUUUUAACGGUAGCGCGACACGUCCGUCCGUUAUGGAGGUUCAAUAUCAAUUGACCGCCAUAUUGAUUUUUUCAAUCGCGUGGUGUAGUUUGUGCAUAGCUUGUGAAAUGGACGAUGUUGCUGUGUACAAAGUGAAAUUGCAAACGCACUGGAAUCAAGGUACUUCGGAUGAUUACCCUGCUAAAGCUCAGUGGUCACAAGUUUUUGGUCAAUCGCACAACAAAACUUACGCACUGUACCGAAUCGGAGAAGUUUCCCGACCUCUAGUUAGAGAUUUCCUACUACAUGGUGACAUGGAUGAUCUUAUGGAAGAUAGUGAUGGAGAACCGAAGAUCUACGAUCAGUUUAUAGCACCAGGUAUUGGAGAUGGAACUGGUUACACGGAAGCAGUCGUGUUUGUUGAUGGUGGGCAUAGCUUGGUAUCGCUGAUCUGUCGCAUGGUGGCAUCGCACAACUGGUUUGUUGGAGUGGACAGCCUAGAUCUUUGUGUUCAUUCUUCUUGGAUUGAGGAUGUCACUUUGGAUUUGGAGCCUCUUCAAACAGGGGUUAGUUUAAAUGAAGACCAAGAGGAUAUUAAACCUGUUGAGAGAGUUUCUCACCGAAACUUUGCUAGAUCGUACAGACAUCCGAGGCAAAAUCAACCGAUUGCUAAAGUGGAAUUUAUUAAGGUUAAGGAAUACUCAACUAAAGAACUGAAUGACUUAGCUCGAAGAGAACUUUUGACUAAAAUAAAACAUGACGACAAACAUAAAACGAUUCAUAAGCAAUUCAAUCGAGAGUAUAAUUUCAAUGAAGCUACUAUUAGAAAUCCAUUUGAACAACUGAAAGAUUUAGAAGAAGACGCUGUUGGUACGCCCAGACCGAAUAAUCCUGAUAAUAAUGUUAUUGUGGUGACAAAAGCACCGGAAUUGAAAAAUUCAGAAGAACUUAACCCUGACUUGGAAAAUAUGGACGAUGUGGUACUAGCAGUUGCAAAUGGAAAGAAAUUGGGCCUUGGGAAGCAUCUACCUCGUCACUUCAGGUCGAGACUCCACCAUGCUGUGAACAAACGUCACGGUAAAGACUGCGUUUUAAGCGAGUGGGGCGCCUGGUCCCCCUGCUCAGACCCUUGUAGCCAGCAGACCCGAGUGAGGACAGUGCUGAAGAAGAGAGAUGGAAGACAUUGUGCUGAACUGAGGCAGACCAGGCGUUGUGGACGAUGUGUUAGAGGCGACGGAGAUUAUAUCUGGUGAUCUACUUGAAACUUUCAUAUCGGCUGCUGUUUUGAAAGCAUUUUUAUUACACCCAGGGAUUUAAAAAAAAACAGGCAAAUAAACAUGAUUGGCCGUACAUUUAUUAAUUAGAUGUCUCACCAACUCCCCUACAGUAAAACGGUCUUCCGGUGGAUGCUAUAUGCCAGCUGCGAUAGUAAAUAUAUUUGCUCGCCUUAAACACCACAACGAACACCACAUAAGCGCCUUUUUUAAAAAUCACAGUCGGAUGUAAUUUUUGUCAACAAAACGUCGCAAUAGACAAACUAGUUCAACACCCAUUAAUUUAAGAGCCACGCUCUUGGUUGGCGGUGUCGCAUUCUCCAUUCUAGCAUUCUAUAUUUUACACCAACCCAAGCAAAAGCUAAAACUAAAACAAUAAAAAAAAAACACCAAAACCCAACCACAAAAAAGAAUAACUGUUGUUAUUAUUGUUGUUGUGUGUUGUUGCUGUUGUUGUGAAACUUGUUUCAAUCCACGUAAAAAAUAAGAUCUCAACUUUUACCAGGAUUGAAAUUAAAUGAAAGAAAUCGAGGUAUUGUUGCAUAAAAUUACAUCAAUAUGUAAUUUUACAGAAAGUCGCAUACGUGAUUUGCACUAUAAUAAUUAUAUUUUCGUCUUAAUUCUGAGAGGUGCUAACCUUUUUGUAUGAUAAGAUAUUGUAUUGUAUUCAGAUUACUAGUUUAAGCAAAUAAUAUGUUUGGUGACAAUAAAUAUCAUAGAUAAUUAUUGCGUAAUUA